CCUGCCCUGACUUUGUAGGACGUGCGACGUGCACGCACUGCCAGGUCAAUCAAUCUUGGACCCGUCACUCAAGUCCAGUUCAAGUACUUACACGUCCCACAACUUCUUUCGGACCGACGACCCACAUCGCCAAACAGGUCACACAACUUGGCCUUGAACGGCCGUGUCUCUCUUUACACCAACCACAUCCCCAAAGGAACCCUUUCUCCUGUCGCUGGCGAGGUGCAGACCACCCCCCUUGUCCAACGUCCACCAUGGCGCGUCAAAUCAACAACUUGUCUCCUCGCGGACGUAUCGCUGCCAUCGCCGCCGCUUUUAUCACACUCGUCUUCCUUCUCCACCUCGUCUUCCCCGGGUCAGACUCGCUUCUCUCAAGCACCCAGCGAUGGACCACGGCCUCAUCAUCAGUCCUUCGCUCAAAAUUCCUGCGCGCCAAGGCCAAGGCACCAAGGCCACCCAUUCACCACCCGAUCCCCAAGCUCAUGGCUGAUGCGCGCGAGUCCUACGACUCAAAGGUUGCUCGCCAGUCCAAGAGCCUGGACGAGGCUGUCAAGGAGUACCAGCGGCGGUACAAGCGUGCUCCUCCCAAAGGUUUCGAGAUUUGGUACGAGUUCGCGGUCGAGAAUGACGCCGUCAUGAUCGACGAGUACGACAACUUGAUCCGCGAUCUUGAGCCUUUCUGGCAGUUCAACGGCAAGGAGAUUAGGCAACGUUGCAUCGACGUCGGAUACCUCCCCUCCGUCGACCUGGUCCGCAUCUCGAACGGUACUACGCGUACCAUCGACGUCAGCAAAGGCUUCGACGACUCUGAAGUUGGCGCGCGUGCCAAGGGUUUCCGUGUCAUGCUGGAGAAGUUCCAGAAGCACCUCCCUGACAUGGACUUCCCUAUCAAUGAGAAGGCAGAGGGUCGUAUCCUUGUUCCUUGGGAGGAGAAGCUGUACUCGAACCUCACGGCGGAUUCGUCAAAGGGUAUCGAGCACGUACUCGGCGGCAAGUUCUAUCCCGACUGGCGUGGCGACGGCAACGUAUGGGAGUCGUACCGCCGAACCUGUGACCCUUCGUCGCAAGCUCGCCGCCUCUUUGGCUCGCUGCGAGCGCAGCUCAAGGAUGGUCAAGUCCCUAUUUCUCGCCUCGCCAACGCUGGCAUCUCGUCCCAGAUUGUUGACGAAGACUUUGCGUUCUCGGAGACUGUGGACGACCGGUUUGACUUUUGUGCGCACCCUUGGGCACACUACAGCCAGGGCCACUUCUUCUCCGACUGGCGCACCAUCCAUGCCCUGUACCCAAUGUUCUCGCCAGCGAAGGGUGCGGGGUACUCGGACAUCAUGAUCCCCAGUCACUACUACUUCUCGUCCACCAAGCGAUACACCUACGGUUGGGACCCUGUCAACAUGGAGAUCAAGGACGUUGAUGACAUGGAGACGCCCUGGGAGGAGAAGGCCGAUGACAUCUUCUGGCGUGGCGCCACCACUGGUGGUGGCUCUACGCCAUCGGGAUACCUUGCCCAGUAUCAACGUCACAGGUUUAUCAAGAUGACCUCGGACCAGUCCAGGGUGAACAAGACCGUUGUGUUCGCGGACCCUCCGGGAACCAACAACUUCAUCUCCGCGUCCGUGCCGAUCGGGGAGCUCAACGACGAGAUGAUGGAUGCAGCUUUCACCAAGGCUGUGGGCUGUAUCCAGUACCCCGGAGGUUGUGACGGGAUGCGCAAGGACCACCGUUUUGCGGACGCGAUCCCCCUCGGCGAAAACUGGCGUCACAAGUAUCUCAUCGAUCUCGACGGAAUGGGUUAUUCUGCCCGUCUCUUUGCACUGUUGAAAUCGGAAAGCGCCGUCUUGAAGUCGACUGUGUACACAGAGUUCAUGUCCGACUGGCUCCAGCCUUGGCUGCAUUACAUCCCGGUUUCGCAGUUAUACAACGAAAUUUAUAACAUCCACGCCUUCUUCUCGGGACCUUCGCCGUCAAUGUUGGCCGCGGCAAACACAACACGCGACCAGUUCCAGUCGGCUGGUCUCAGCACGCGUAAGCUUGAUGGCGACGCCGAGUUGCAAAAGAUUGCCAGAGCUGGCCGCGAAUGGAUGUUCAAUGUCGGCCGCAAGAUUGACAUGGAGAUCUACGUCUUCAGGCUUUGUCUCGAAUGGGCGCGCCUCAAUGCCGAUGACCGUGAUGCAAUGAACUACGGGGCGUAGCGCGAGGCGCGGGAGGAGUAGAUACGAUAGUACAUAGACCUGAUCAACCCAACCACCGUGAUCGAUGUAACCCUGUCCAUG